AUGCACGGUGCUCAGAAAGGACGUUGGUUUCCGUCGAGCUUUGAGCCCUCUUCCUUGCCACCCUACGGCUCCUUAGCAGCUUUCCGCGGUCCCCAUUCCUUGUUCUCCUCAGAAGUCUUUAUCGUCCCGUACGGAUCACUCCUUCUCCUGAAGCUCUAGCAAAUCCCCGUUUUUCAGUCGCAACAAGCAGCUCUUUUACGAAUCUUGUCCCCAAUGUCAGUAGCUCUCAUGAAAACGGCCGCUGACCAAUUAUCUUAGAUAACAGGCCAACACACGCGACGGAAGAGGGAAUUCUCACAGCCGACAGAGCUGACGGAAACCCGUUCACUUCAAUUAGACAUUUCGCAUGUCAUCAUGGCGCGACCGUUGUCUCACUGUUUCCGCAAGCUUUUCCGCCAGCGCUCACCUUCACACAACUACCCGCUAAUAGCGGCGUCCUUUUUUCACGUCGCUCUCCUAGUACUCGUCCUCUUACCGCAUUCAAUCCUCUCCGCGGCCGCCUUUCCUCACAACCUCUCCGCCCCGGGGAUUACCGCGGUGAACUGGCUGACAACUCGCCCGCAACACAGCGUCUCACGUGACGUGUCACACGUGUCGCAUGGGUCGCACGUCUCGCAUGGGUCGCAUGGAGAGAAUCAGCCUCGCAUCAGCCUCCUUGAGGCGGCGCCUUCGCGGGAGACUCCUCCGCUGCUCACUGACAGCCAGCUGCGUGCGCUGCUGGUCCUCAACGCCGCCUGGCACCUCUGGCCCACCAACUCCAACCGCUCUCGCCGCUGCGACCAGUGGGACUACGUCCAAUGCAACACGCAGGGCUUCAUCGUAGCCAUCGACCUGCCUGAUCUCGGAAUCAAUGCCACCAUGCCUCUCAAGGUCUUCUCCACCAUGCCUUACCUCAGACGCCUUGUGCUGGGAGACAAUUUCUACAUCCACGGCUCCAUCACCCACCUCGCUCUGCCACCCUCCCUGCGCGUGCUGGACGUGUCUAAUACUGCAGUGUCUGGUUCUCUACCAUCCACCGUUCUCUCUCUCUCAACUCUCGCACACCUAGACAUUUCUGUUACUUCUCUUAGUGGGAGCCUGCCAUCCACUCUCGCCCGUCUCUCUCGCCUCACAUACCUCAACAUCGGUGCAGAGAACAUCACUGGGCGAGUGGAGGACCUCUCAUGGCUCUCAAGCCUCACCAACCUGCACACUCUCUCAAUGAAUCGCAUGAUGGGCGUGACUGGGGAUCUGUCAGCCCUCACCUUCCUCACCGCCCUCAGAGCCAUGCAAAGCCUGACCAUUUCAGGUGUCGUUUGGACCGGGGAGCUGCCAGUGUUGCUCGGCUCCCUCACCUCCCUCACCUAUCUGGAUUUAAGCAGCCUAGCAAGCGCUCAGUUCCCUCGCUGGGUCAUGGAUUUGACAGCCUUACGAUACCUUGACGUGUUUCAUGGAAAUGAGUACCGCAGUGGAGUCGUGCCGCAGGACCUUUCGCACCUCACACUGCUACAGCACUUUGAUGCAUCGGGCAAUGGACUGGUUGGUUCCCUCCCUGACUACUGGACCUCUCUGAACCACCUCACCUAUUUGUCGUUGACACAGAACAACAUUGAGGGCUCCAUUCCAGCCACUUUCUCUGCCCUCACCUCAUUAAACACGCUGAGCCUGCAUGCCAACAGCAUGGACGGCACCAUCCCAUUAGUCUUCUCCACCGCUCUCAGCAACCUUGAUCUCGGCAGCAAUGACUUCUCUGGUCCCAUUCCUCCCUUCCUCGGCUCCCUCACUGGCCUCUCAAACCUGGACCUGUCUGGAAACAACUUCACAGGGGCGAUCCCUGAGUCUUUUACAAGCCUCACCAACCUGUUUACUCUGAUGUUAGCAUCCAACCAGCUGACUUCAGGGCUUGAUGUGGUUGAGAAAAUGACAUGGCUUGAUACAUUGGACAUUUCUUACAACAUGUUCUCGGGUAGUUUCCCCAAUCUUUCAUCCCUGCCUUUACUCACGGGACUGAAUCUUCGAGCCAACCGUUUUGAAGGGCGGUUUCCUGCUGUUCUGCUGCAGCUCACCAAUCUUAUUAGUCUAGAUAUUGGACAAAACGAGCUCCACGGGCCCAUUCCUGACGGCAUAUCUAAGCUGACAAAUCUGUGGUACUUAUUUCUUGACAAGAACAACUUUCAUGGGAAAAUCCCCCUCGGCCUCUUCACCCUCGCGAGCAUUUAUCAACUAGCGCUGAACGACAACCGCUUUAGUGGAAGCCUGCCCAGCCGAUUGUCAACAGAAUCCCUCAUGACACUGGCAGUAUUGUUAACGGCUGUGAAAACUGUCGGUGACAGGUACCUUCAAGGAAACGGGCUGUCGGGCCCUCUUCCUGAUUUCGCACAUUGGAACAGCACUCUAUCCAACUUAUUUUUAGAAAACAACAACUUUACAGGAUUCAUCCCGCAAUCAAUCAGCGCGCUGACUUCUCUCAACGCCAUAUCACUGGCCAACAACAAGCUGUUGGGACCCAUUCCGCCAUCUCUUACCACCAUGACCAAUCUCGUGGCCAUAGACCUUGCUUCCAACAGCAUCUCAGGAUCAUUGCCCUCCGACCUUGGCGCACUCUCCAAUCUUCGUACCCUGUCUGUAUCUAACAACCAGCUCACGGGGAGACUUCCUCCUUCCAUCUGCAACCUCACCAACCUAGAAAACAUGCUUCUCCGCAACAACUAUUUCUAUGGGGGAUUCCCUUCCUGCCUCUUUGAACAUUGUCUGCAGAGGAUUGACAUCAGCAACAACAGCUUUUACGGUGAGAUCAACAGCAACUUCCGCGGCAUGAUUCCCGACAACAACGCUCUGCUCAACAUUGCAGGCAACUAUUUCUACGGCGACCCCAUGCUCUACGCCGAUGGCUGCCAGUUCUGCCCCUCCAAUAUCACCCAGCCUCUGGUUUUGACAACAAAUGACUUCAGUUUCUCUUCUGGGGGCCGCUGUGGACCCCAAGGAUUGUCGGGACGAGGUGAGGGGACACGCUCAGGGGCCAACAAGCGCGGCGAGGCGAGCCUGCGGCAGAACUGUUUCACGCUGAAUCAGCAGCUGGAGUGCACGGCGAAUGAGACGCAGCGCAGCAGCGACGCGUGCCUGGCAUUCUGCAGCAUGUCGCGGGAGCUGGGGCCGUGCGACGGGCACGGAGCGUGUGUGCCACCGCAGGCGGGGGCAGCAGGGGCGGGGUUCACGUGUGAGUGUGACCACGGAUACGUCACUGCCAAUGGCGCCCUCGGCUCCACCUGCGCCCACCCUUCUCCGCCCCCCCCUGCAGCGCUCUCCACAGGCGCAGUGGUGGGCAUUGCUGUGGGCUCUGCUGCCGCCUUUGCUCUCCUCCUCGCUCUCAUUGUGGCGCUGCUCUGGCCCAAGCAACGCAAGAGGUGGAGCGGCCUGGACGUUUGUCAGGAGUUCAGCAUCGGCGAGAUUUUGCGGGCAACGGACAACUGGGCGAGCGGCAAUGUGGUGGGGAAGGGCGGCUUUGCCACGGUGUACAAGGGGGUGUCCAGCAAGGGCGAACUGUGGGCCGUCAAGCGCAGCAAGCUCAUGUCCAACGACUUCGAGACCGAGGUGCGGGCGAUGGCGUCACUGCGGCAUGAGAAUGUGGUGCGGCUGUUGGGCUUCUGCCUACAUCAGAACGUGGAGAGCGGCCAGCAGGAGCAGAUCCUCGUGUACGAGUUCGUGGGCAACGGGGACCUCAAGUACCACAUCCAUGACUCCAAAGCCCCCUUGUCCCUGCAGCAGCGGCUGCAGCUGGCGGUGGGCGCAGCGGAGGGAGUGGCCUAUUUGCACAGCUUCGCGACGCCCAUCGUGCACCGCGACCUCAAGCCCGGCAACAUCCUCGUGGGGGAGCACAACCAGGCCAAGAUUGCCGACUUUGGGCUGCUCAAGCUGCUCAGCCAUGCAGAGGACGGCGACGACCGCACUCGAGUUGCCGGCACCCCGGGCUACUUGGACCCUGAUUACAACCGAACCCAAAUCGUCUCGGAAAAGAGCGAUGUGUACAGCUUUGGCGUGGUGCUGCUUGAGCUGCUGACAAGGCAGAAGGCGGCCGUGGAGGGCACAGACAGCCACAUCAGUGAUUGGGUGAGUGGAGUGCAUGCAUGGUGAGACCUCGCAUCGUGAGACCAUGGAUGGUAGUGAUGUGAUGGCAUUCCUAACUUACUAGAACUUGGGCGGAGAACUACCUAAGAUGGGAAUCAUGUUUUACAAGAGGAUGCCGAAUGUAAUUGUUAAAAUAAGGGAGCGGUACAAUG